GGCACUGGAGGCACAGUCGCAAUCGCAUUGACACUCGGUUUCCUAUUGCUCGGUAUAUUCGGAGUUGUAGCCUUCUGCGUGUACAAGCGUAAGAAAAAGCCCUCUGGGCAAAAUGGUCAUUACAUCAUGCCAACCUCCAUUACUUCUUCCCCAAAAUCAGAUUCUGGCUUACUGAAAGAAGUGCAGAUAUCAAUACCAAGAGACGGCAGCGGCUUGGGAAACUCGAGGUCGUUCUUCAGCUACGAAGAUCUACUCGAUGCUACUAAUGAUUUUUCGGACCAGAAUUUCUUGGGUGAAGGUGGGUUCGGUUCUGUGUACAAAGGGAUUCUUCCAGAUGGUAGAGAGAUUGCAGUUAAGCAGUUAAAGAUUGGUGGAGGACAAGGUGAAAGGGAAUUUCGAUCGGAAGUCGAAAUAAUAAGCCGUGUACACCAUCGCCAUUUGGUUUCGCUUGUGGGAUUUUGCAUUUCCGAUGAAAGGAGGCUGCUUGUUUACGAUUUUCUCCCUAAUAAUACCCUCUAUUUCCAUCUUCAUGGUGAAGGUAGGCCUGUAAUGGAUUGGGCUACACGUGUGAAGAUAGCUGUGGGUGCAGCUCGAGGGAUAGCUUAUCUUCAUGAAGACUGCCAUCCUCGUAUUAUCCAUAGAGAUAUCAAAUCAUCAAACAUACUUCUCGACAGCAACUUUGAAGCUCGGGUUUCCGAUUUCGGACUUGCUAAAUUAGCUAUGGAAACGAACACACAUAUCACCACACGUGUUAUGGGGACCUUUGGAUACAUGGCUCCUGAGUAUGCAUCGAGUGGCAAAUUGACUGAAAAGUCCGAUGUAUAUUCUUUUGGAGUUGUGCUGUUGGAGUUAGUUACAGGACGCAAGCCUGUAGAUACAUCUCAGCCGCUAGGUGAGGAGAGCCUCGUCGAGUGGGCCCGACCGAUAUUAAGUCAUGCACUGGAGACAGAGGAAUUUAGUGGAUUAGCAGAUUCAGGGCUUGAAGGAAAUUACGUCGAACCUGAAAUGUUCCGAUUAAUCGAAGCAGCAUCAGCUUGUGUUCGCCAUUCAUCUGCAAAGAGACCCACAAUGGGACAGGUUGUAAGGGCUUUCGACAACAUGGCGACCUCGGAUUUGACGAAUGGAAUGAAGGUGGGAGAGAGUGAGAUAUUUAACUCGGCGCAACAAUCUGCAGAGAUUAGAUUGUUUCAGAGAAUGGCGUUUGGUAGUCAAGAUUACAGUACCGAUUUUUUCAGUCAAAACAACAGCUUGAGUAGUGAAGGCAACCGCACAAAUAGUCGAAGAAAUUAUAAUUGAGUAUGAAAAACAGCCACGGUGACUAUAUUGAUUGUAAAUGAAAAUGGCGAAACUCGAGCCGGAAGUUUUUUUUUUUUUUAUUUUUCGGUAGGGUCGAUUCUUUUUGCUGUACAUAGGAAGCAAAAUUUUGUUUUUUCGUUAGCAUCUAUUUGUAAUAAGGGCUAGGUUAUUCAUUUUUCUUUUCAUGCUCUUCAACCUUGUGAGGGAAAUAAAUAUGAAAUUAAUUCGACGAUUUUGGUCGUGCAUCGAAUUUCUUGAAUAGCAUUUUUGGGAGUUGAAUAACUGA